AAACGGUUUGGUUUGGUUGGGAUUUGAAGAGCCGUACAAGUGAUGAUGUACUGCAACCGAGUCCAUUCCAUUUCCAUGUCCAUGUCCUCUCUGAGUCGAAGAGAGGGUUAGAACCCCCAUCUUCUUCCCCUCAACGAUGCCAGUGCCUUCCAAACCCAUAAACACCUUCACCAUCACAAUCAUGCUCACCUUCACCUUCUUCCUCCUCUUCUUCUCCGGUUUCCUCCACUUCCCCUCCGCUUCCUCCUCCUCUUUCCCUCCCAUCACCCGCCCCACAACCACGCCGCCCACGGCGGAACCCUUCUCCGAUCUGGUCGCGGCCUUCAGGAAAUGGGAUUCCCAAGUGGGCUGCGCUCGCUUCAAACAAAAACCAAAUGGGGUGCCCCUUAACCACUCAAAGGUCGCGUCUUUGCAGGAAGUUAGCGAUUGCGGGGGCUUGAAACUCAACCAUGUUAGCGUUUUGGUCAAAGGGUGGACUUGGAUUCCCGAUAACUUGGAUAACUUGUACUCCUGCUCAUGUGGGUUGAGCUGCUUGUGGACCAAAUCGCCCGUUCUCGCUGACAAGCCUGAUGCGUUGUUCUUUGAAUCUUCCACGCCUCCGCUUCAGAGGCGCGUGGGAGAACCUCUUCGUGUAUAUAUGGAUCUUGAAGCUGGCCGAAAGAGAUCAGGUCGAGAGGACAUAUAUAUUAGUUAUCAUGCUGAGGAUGACGUGCAGUCAACCUAUGCUGGUGCGCUCUUUCACAAUGGUCGAAACUACCAUGUCUCCAAUAAAAAAAACAGAGAUAUACUUGUUUAUUGGUCUUCAUCUCGGUGUCUUCCUCGAAGGAAUGAACUUGCCAAGAAACUUCUCAGCUUACUGCCACAUCAUUCAUUUGGCAAGUGCCUAAAUAAUGUUGGUGGUCUAGACAUGGCUCUUUCUCUUUAUCCUGAAUGUGCCAAUGACGCCAAUGUUACACCAAAAUGGUGGGAUCAUUUACAUUGCGCCAUGUCUCACUACAAGUUUGUUCUUGCAAUUGAGAACACUUUUACUGAGAGCUACGUGACAGAGAAGUUAUUCUAUGCCUUAGACUCUGGUGCAGUUCCUAUCUAUUUUGGUGCACCAAAUGUCAUGGAUUUUGUCCCUCCACAUUCAAUAAUAGAUGGUAGAAAAUUCAACUCAUUGGAAGAGUUGGCUUCGCACGUGAAGGCUGUAGCUAAUGAUCCAGUAGCCUAUGCAGAAUACCAUGCAUGGAGAAGGUGUGGUGUACUUGGUAACUAUGGAAAAACUCGAGCUGUGAGCCUUGACACGUUGCCAUGCCGAUUAUGUGAGGCUGUUAGCAGAAAAGGUGGAAGAAAUGCGGGAAGCUAGGUUGAGUUUUUUGCUAAACUUGUAGUUCUGCAUGAUAGAGAUUGACGGAUUGAAUUUAGGUUUGCAACCUGUAUAGAGAUUGCUCGUUUCUCUGAGCUAAUGUACAUUUGACCAAGAAAGGCUUAGCUCAUGUGAUAUUUUAUUUUUUAUUGCCCCCCUUUUCUGGUAGAAAGUGGUUGAUGCUAUCUCCACAUAGGUUACACUAUAGUUGAAGUGUUUUUGUUGAUGUAUGAUUUUUGAGAAAAACACGUGCAUAUGUCAACUUGAUAUGUCAAUUCAUGCAAAACAUCACUCUUCAUUCAAAAUUGAAUCAGCGGAUUGAACCA